AAUUAUUUGUUGGUCGCAUGAGAGACAGAACUGACUCUUUUCCUUUCCCUUGCUCUUCCCCUUCCCCUUUAUCCGACGUUUCCUCGUUUGACGGACGGCAGCCCAAUAGAAAACUUCACCAGGGACGGGAACAACUGUUUUCAAAAUUUCUUUUUCCCCAUGGAACAAUGGGACCCUGAAACCCUUUUGAUGAUUGACGUAAGCCGUGACGUUCCUAAGCUGAAUACUUCUCCUACUCCUCAAGUGACUAUUUAUCUCUAUUCUAUAUAGCUCGCUCUCGCUCUCGCUCUCUCUCUCUCUCUCUCUCUCUCUUCCCUCCACUCUUUUACCUGGAAACCCUCCCCUUCCCCACUGUAAUGGCGAGCUCUCAGUGCUUUGAUAAUCCACCUAUCCUUAGCUCAACAAGUGGAUUAGGGAGUGUCCAAGAGCUUGGAGGCCUGAAGACUUAUGUCACUGGGCCCCAGGAUUCCAACCUUGCAAUCCUUCUCAUUUCUGAUGUUUUUGGUUAUGAAGCUCCAAAGUUGAGGAAACUCGCAGACAAAGUGUCAGCGAAUGGAUUUCUAGUUGUGGUUCCUGAUUUCUUUUAUGGUGAUCCUGUUGAUCCUGUUGAUCUUGAUAACCCUAAGCGGGACCGGGAAGCAUGGCGAAAGGCUCAUGGACAUGAUAAAGGUUGUGAAGAUGCCAAGACAGUAAUUUCAGCUUUAAGAAGCAAAGGAGUAACUUCUGUUGGUGCUGCUGGUUUUUGCUGGGGCGGGGUGGUAGUUGUAAAACUAGCAAGUUCCGAUUACAUUCAGGCUGGAGUAGUACUGCAUCCCGGACGCAUCACAGAAGAUGAAAUCAAUGAGGUCAAGUGUCCAAUUUCAAUAUUGGGAGCUGAGAUCGACAAUGCGUCCCCACCUGAACAAAUGAAACAUUUCGGGGAGAUCCUAUCCACUAGACCUGGGGUCGAUAGCUUCGUGAAAAUAUUCCCUGGUGUAAAUCACGGAUGGUCAGUUAGAUACGAUGACGAUAAUGAAUCUGCUGUCAAGAGUGCUGAAGAAUCCCACGAGGACAUGUUAAACUGGUUUACCAAGUACAUCAAGUGAAGAAAUGUUUCUCAAGCUCACAAAAGAAAGGUGGAAAAUGUUCUGAACGAGUUGAUAAUUGCUUGCUUUCCAAGUUGAUAACUGCUUCAUGUUUCUAGUCGAUUGAGAUGGAGAAUUAGACUAUGUUACAUUUUGUUUCACUUUUAAUAAAUUGUCUCGUUUACGAAGCUUUAUACA